GUGAUGACCCUGGUGGCUGCAACGUAUACCAUAGCUUUAAGAUACACAAGGACAUCAGACAAAGAACUCUACUUUUCAACCACAGCCGUGUGUAUCACAGAAGUUAUAAAGUUAUUGUUAAGUGUGGGAAUUUUAGCUAAAGAAUGACAGAAAAAGGAAAUAAACUGGAACUGCUAUUUAAAUGGAGAAAACUAUUGAAGGGAGGAGAAAAGCAGCUUUGAGGGAAGGUGAUACCAACAAUUAAUUUGGGAGAGCAAGUAACUACUCUCUAGGAUACCAACUGUUAAAUCACUGUCAAAACAUGUUAUGUAAAGUGCCAAACAUCCUCUUUUAAGAUUGCAGCAACUAAGUUUGCUGCCUUCAGACGUUCAGGACUGUUGCUAUUGAGAAUGGCAGGCUGCCAGACUGAUGGUGUUAAGAAAAUGUUCUUUCCUGUCUCCCCUUAAAAACAGAGAAACUGGUAGUCUGGGUAGAUUCAAGACUUCGUUAAGAGAAAAUGUAUUGGGGAGCCCCAAAGAACUGAUGAAGUUAAGUGUGCCAUCAUUAGUGUAUGCUGUUCAGAACAACAUGGCUUUCCUAGCUCUUAGCAACCUGGAUGCAGCAGUGUACCAGGUGACCUACCAAUUGAAGAUUCCUUGUACUGCUUUAUGUACUGUUUUAAUGUUGAACCGGACACUCAGCAAAGUACAGUGGAUUUCAGUUUUUAUGCUGUGUGGUGGAGUUAUACUUGUACAGUGGAAACCAGCUCAAGCUACGAAAGUCAUGGUGGAACAGAAUCCAUUUUUAGGGUUUGGUGCUAUAGCUAUUGCUGUAUUGUGCUCAGGAUUUGCAGGAGUGUACUUUGAAAAAGUUUUAAAGAGUUCAGACACUUCCCUUUGGGUGAGAAACAUUCAAAUGUAUCUAUCAGGGAUUGUUGUGACAUUAGUUGGCGUCUACUUGUCAGAUGGAGCUGAAAUUAAAGAAAAAGGAUUUUUCUAUGGUUACACAUAUUAUGUCUGGUUUGUCAUCUUUCUCGCAAGUGUUGGAGGCCUCUACACUUCUGUUGUGGUCAAGUACACAGACAACAUCAUGAAAGGCUUUUCUGCAGCAGCAGCCAUUGUUCUUUCUACCAUUGCUUCAGUGCUGCUGUUUGGAUUACAGAUAACACUCACCUUUGCUCUGGGUACUCUUCUCGUAUGUAUUUCUAUUUAUUUCUAUGGAUUACCCAGACAAGAUACUACAUCCAUCCAACAAGGAGAAACAGCCUCAAAAGGAAGAGCCAGUGGUGUGUAAUUUCAGCCUCAAAGGAGAUUCCUACUAAGAUUGAAACCAUUUGCAUUAAACUAGAGCCUUAAGUCAACCCCAGAAGGUAGCUUAAAGAAUAACCAAUUAACUAUGUGGUAUAAGAAUUAAGAAGAAAGCUAUCUUUAGUGAAUUGCUACCAAGAUUUAAUGUGACCUGUUUGGGGUCAACCCAUUUUGUUUUAGAAUGAAUUUUUUUAUUGUAUAUAUAAUGUAUAUAAAAAUAUGGAGAUAGUACGGUUAAAAAAUCAUGUGAGGAUAUAAUAUUCAAAUAAUAAGGUUUGGGACAAUGUUAAAGGUUAAAGUGCCAAAGCCAUUUCUGUACUAACUGUUGUCUUGUUCAGGUACCAGGGGAGAAGGAUGGCCCCUCCUUGUUCCCCAAUUCAUGUAGAGUAUUUUGUUCCAGCAGCAGUAAUGACCUAACUCUUUUCUUACAAGGGAGACAAAAACAAGACAGGCUAGUCAGAAACAAACUGAAUGUGGAACUUCUCAAACUGAAUAUUUCAUAACUCAAGACAAUGAUUUCUGGGUGGUGACUGAAUACUCCUGUAAGUGCUGUAUUUGUGCCAUUUAUUGUAUGGAUUCAUAUUUCUUUGCUGUUAGAUGAUAUACUUUUCUCCAAAAAAUAUUUCUACUGUCUUUUGUACUUUUUUUUAUAAAGUAUGUUUAGCUGUGGGGCUCUCAAUAAUUUAUAAAAUUCUGUUUUUUAAAAAAAUUUUUAUAUGAAUAGGGAAAUUCAGCAAUAAACUUUAUAUGAAAUC